ACUCCACCACUACCCUACCACACCCAGCACAGAGAGGUAGUCGCCAUGCCUCAGAACGAGUACAUUGAGCGCUUUACGAAGCAGCACGGAAAGCGCUUUGAUCACGAUGAACGCCAACGAAAGAAGGAAGCUCGUGAGGGUCACAAUGCGUCCAAGAAGGCCCAGAACCUGCGUGGAUUGAGGGCGAAGCAAUAUGCCGAGAAGCGUAGGAAGGAGAAGAUUCAGAUGAAGCAAAAGAUUCGCGCCCACGAGGAGCGAAAUGUCAAGUCGAACGAAGCUCCCGAGCCCGCUACCGAGGCGCUGCCUUCCUACCUUUUGGACCGCUCCAACGAAAAGAAUGCCAAGGCUUUGUCCUCUGCCAUCAAGCAAAAGCGAAAUGAGAAGGCUGCCAGGUUCUCUGUGCCGCUUCCAAAGGUCAAGGGUAUCUCUGAGGAGGAGAUGUUCAGUGUUGUCAAGACGGGUAAGAAGACGAAGAAGAAGUCUUGGAAGAGAAUGAUUACCAAGCCUACUUUUGUCGGUCCUGGCUUCACUCGUCGACCUGUCAAAUACGAGCGCUUCAUCAGGCCUAUGGGAUUGCGUUACAAGAAGGCGAACGUCACGCACCCUGAGCUCAACGUAACAGUUCAACUACCGAUUAUCUCGGUCAAGAAGAACCCACAGCAGCCAUUGUACACUCAGUUGGGUGUGUUGACAAAGGGUACCAUUAUCGAAGUAAACGUCUCCGAACUUGGACUUGUGACCGCUGGAGGAAAAGUUGUUUGGGGUCGCUAUGCUCAAAUCACCAACAACCCUGAAAAUGACGGGUGCUUGAACGCCGUUUUGCUCGUCUAAGGCUCUACUCCAAAUGGCGGAACUGUGCAUUUGACGGCGUUGAGGGUUUUGGUCCUAUCACAUGAUUCGAAGGCGUUGAGGCGAUCACACAGAGAGUCUUUUUUGGAAAGGAUUAUAAAGGAAAAUUUUGCUAGGCAAAGGCUGGGAUGAACGAUGCCGAUGAUGCAAGGAUAUGUUGAAAGGGGAACAUGGGGAAGAGAAAGAGAAAGAGAAAACUCGCAAAAUUUAAUUCGUAACAUGGAAUGCACAAGAAAAAACAGGGGAUGUACCACAUUGGAGACAGC